CUCUUCUAAGUCAAAAACAAGUUUUAGUUUUAGGUAGAGGUGAGUCAGGGUCUUAAACACUGGAGAGAGAGACACCCCCACCUACAGCACCCAACAGGUAGGGGAGCCACAUUAGAGUUGUUUUUGGGGAGGAAAGAAUGCUAUUCAAAGGGAAAAUAAGUAAUUGGAUGCCAGUGUCCAUGGCAGUUUAGGAUUAAUUGGAACUGCACGAUUCUGCUCACCCACCCCACGGGCUGUGUUAAAUUCAGUUAUAACUACUUAAGAAAUUAUUACUUAAUUAUUUCCUAAUUCCUGCAGCUGCUGUCUCUUGUAUUAGGUGUCCUGUAAGUUCUGUCUACAGAGAGACAUGCAGAGUGCACUGAGAGGCAAUGAAUGUUAUGAGAGACAGCCACAGCAAUGUAUUGAGAGACAUCCACAGAGUGUAGUGAUAGACAGUCGUGUGCUCAGAGACAUGCAAUGAUUGUACCGACAGACAGACUUUAGAUAUAUUGUGUGUACUGGGUGAUAGGCAUGUGUUAAACUACAUACAGUGACUGAGGGGCAUGUAAUCAGUGUACUGAGAGACAUGCAAUGAUUGUUCUCGUACAACCAUAUAAUAAGAGAUGUACAAUAAGUGCGCUCAGAGGCAGCCAUGUAAUAAAAAAUAUGCAGGCAUGUAAGAAAUGGUAUACACAGAGAUAGACUGAUACUGAAAGGCAUAGAAUUGGUAUACUCAAAGACAUUCAUAUAUUGAGAGGCAUAGAAUUACAAUACAGUAGAGAGAGUCAUAUAUUGCAAGGUACAUAAAUGCCUUCUAUUAUAUGACUAGCAAAAGCGUCCGGAUUUGGUACCCAAAACACACCGUCCAAGGCUGUAUCUUCAGAGAACUGAACUGAAAAUCAGAAAAGUGCUUUGCUAUACUGCACAUGUAAAAUUUUGCAAAUACUUGUCAUAUCAUGGAGCAAUAGGAGUUGUAGGGGGCAAAAGGAGAAAAUAUGGUCAGGGUAAUAUGAGCAAUAGGACUAGUUAUAGGGAGGGUUAUAUGGAGUAAUAGAAGGAGUUAUAGCGAGAGGUAUUUAGAGCAAUAUGAGGAGUUAUAGGAAGUGUUAUAUGGAGUAAUAAGAGGAGUUAUAGGGAGAGUUAUAUGGAGCAAUAGGAGGAGUUAUAGGGAGGGUUAUAUGGAGCAAUGGGAGGAGUUAUAUUGAGUAAUAGGAGGAGUUAUAGGGAGAAUUAUAUGGAGCAAUAAAAGGAGUUAUGGAGAGGUUAUAUGGAGCAAUCUGAGGAGUUAUAGGGAGGGUUAUAUGGAGCAAUGGGAGGAGUUAUAGGGAGGGUUAUAUGGAGUAAUAGGAGGAGUUAUAGGGAGGGUUAGAUGGAGUAAUAGGAGGAGUUAUAGGGAGCAAUAGGAGGAGUUAUAGGGAGGGUUAUAUGGAGCAAUAGGAGGAGUUAUAGGGAGCGUUAUAUGGAGCAAUAGAAAGAUUAUUAUUGAGGGUUAUAUGGAGCAAAAGGAGGAGUUAUAGCGAGGGGUAUAUAGAGCAAUGGGAGGGUUAUAUGGAGUAAUAGGAGGAGUUAUAGGGAGGGUUAUAUGGUGCAAUAGGAGGAGUUAUAGGGAGGGUUAGAUGGAGCAAUAGGAGGCGUUAUGGAGAGGUUAUAUGGAGCAAUAGGAGGAGUUAUAGGGAGGGUUAUAUGGAGCAAUGGGAGGAGUUAUAGGGAGGGUUAUAUGGUGCAAUAGGAGGAGUUAUAGGGAGGGUUAUAUGGUGCAAUAGGAGGAGUUAUAGGGAGGGUUAUAUGGUGCAAUAGGAGGAGUUAUAGGGAGGGUUAUAUGGUGCAAUAGGAGGAGUUAUAGGGAGGGUUAGAUGGAGCAAUAGGAGGAGUUAUAGGGAGGGUUAGAUGGAGUAAUAGGAGGAGUUAGAUGGAGCAAUAGGAGGAGUUAUAGGGAGGGUUAUAUUGAGCAAUAGGAGGAGUUAUAGGGAGAGUUAUAAUAAGCAAUAGGAGGAGUUAUAGGGAGGGUUAUAUGGAGCAAUGAGUGUAGUUUUAGGAAGGGUUAUAGGGAGGGUAAUAUGGAGUAGUAGGAGGUGUAAUACAAUACAAAAAGAUGAUCUGAUAAUGUGGAGGAUUGUGGCAUUAUAUGGAUGAUAGGAUUAUUUAUAUGGAGGUAUUGUAUAGGGUAAUAUAAAGACUUAUUGGGGAGAAUAUAUAGUGAUAUAUUGAGAAAGCAUACUAUAGACAAUAUUCGGUUUUAAGUCUUUGUCACUGAAAUGAAUGAAUGCCAAGUCUUAUUCGCCACCACAGCUUCUGUGUCCUAGAUGUGCCAGACACCAAGGAAAGCAAUAUUCACAUAUUCACAGAAAGUCAAUGUAUUAGGAAAUGCCUGUGUGAACAAUUAGACUGUGUUAAUCGUGCCAAAGACAAACAGCAUAUUCUCAAGCUGGAACUGGUCACACUGGAUGAUGAAGCUGAUUUGUGCCUAGAAGAACAGUGGUGGAAUGUUCAGAGUUCCAAUGAGUGUGACUCUGUGUCUACUUAUACUAGCGGAAGGGGGAGGUGGGUACUUGAUAAAUAAAAGCAAAUAAAGGAGAGAGAGGGACAGUUGUCACCUAACAAUGAGAAAAGACAGAGAAGUGGAUUAACAUUUCAGACAAUCAAGGAAUGGUAAGGGACCCCCCGAUUGCAUUAAUCUGAAUAUAUUUACAGAUUUAAUACUUUUCUUACCUGCUAAUAGUUGUUGCAUGUUAAUUCCCAUAUAUCUUAGGUUUUGUUACCUAGGAUUCUGGGAAUUAAUCUAAGGCAGCCUACCAGCAUUUUGCAUCUGAAAUGCCCUUGUGGAUGGAAUCAGUGUGAUAUUCAAAAGGCCAAGCUUCUCUCUGCAAUGGCACUUGUGAGCAAAAACUUGUGGACCCUGUACACGCUAUACCUAGCUGCGUAUCCGCUACAUCUCACUGAAAGGUGUCCUGUCUGUUUAUUGGGGAGCAAAGUUUGGUGGUUAUAUGGUCAGCAUUCAUGCUAUAAUCUCAGAUCUGAACUCAGCUAUCGUAGAUGGGAUCAGUCUGAUAUACAAUAGGCUAAGGUUCUCUCUGAAAUGGUACAUGUAAGAAAAAUCUUUAUUGAGUCCUGAUCGAGUUCUUACCGAAAGGCAAGUUAUUAAAUUUUCACCCUUUUUCAGUGUUCUCUGAUCUACCAAAUAAUUUAACAGCAGAUGGGCACAUAAACACUACACUGUAACACUAAUUUAGUUUACAAGUUGAUUUUCUGUAUGGUGCAUUUAAUAAGUGUUAUAGGUCUAAGUGUACUGUUAGUGAAAUGAUGUUUGUAUAACCUGUUUGUAUCAAAGCAAUGUUAUAUGUUGUUGGAACUAGCCAUCCUGAUUUUAACCUACAAACAUUAGAUCUGUAACAUUUAUCCCCAAAACAGUGGAAGCGGCUAUAAAUAUUUAGGAUAAAACCUGUUCUUCUUUACAUAAUGUUCUGCUUGCCCUACCCUGUUGUUCACCUCUAGCUUGUUACAGGUUAACUUCGUUAACAAAGGAAUCUACCCUCUUUAAAUUUAUAGCCAUCCGACAAAACUCACCAAAGGAACAAGUGAAUACCUUCGAUUGUCUGCCAUCAUGUCUUCAACAAUAAACCUGGGACCCUCAGCCAAUCCCAAGUGAGUGCACGACAUACUAUCCAGUGUCAGAAAUAGUUAAUAAACUAGACUUACUAAAAACUAGAUUCGGGCCAAUUUUGCUUCUUAAGAGUUGCAGUGACAUUGUGUUCCCAUUGGCAUUAGUAUAUUUUUAAACUCCACAGAGAAAAAGGAAUUCACUUAGCUGAAGUUUGAAAAGAACUAGGAACAUAAUAAUUUGGUGAUAUUAACCUCUUAAAGUCACAACUUCAGAAAUAAAAUGGAAUCAUGACAGAAUAUUUCCGUCAUGUGUCCUUAAGGGGUUAAGGGUGCUGAACGAAAACAUGGCUAAUAUUAAGAAUAUUUUAAACAAAGCAUAUAAUGUUGAAGCUGGAGGUUUUUGCUAUAUUUAAGUUGGAAUUUUUGGAGUGUUGAGUUGAUCAGGGUCCAUGAUCCACAUAGACACAGUUGAGAAAAAUUUAGAUUUCAGACUUCCUGGAGCAAACUAAGUAACGGAAGCUUGUUCCAAAAUGUCUUUAAUGUGUUUUUCAGUACGGCAUUACUAGAUUCUUUUAUGCAUGAACUUUACAUCCUUUACUAAAAGGAUAUGUCCAAAGCUUAGAUAAGCCACAUUUUUCAGAAAUAUCUUAGGAGUUCCCAGGACCUCUAUAUAAAAUUUAGCAGCACUGGAGGUUGGUCCUCUGAGUACAGAUGGUGGGGCUUUCAUUACGAAGCAGAGGUCAGAGAUGACAGCAUUGUAAUUUGUGCACAGAUACUGAUCCUUAUUACUUGAUUUGGAUUUGCUCACAAUCCCAGGGCAAUUUCAUUACUGUGAUGUCUUCCACUCCAGGAGAUGUGCCUUAUGGGUGUCUUCAGCAAACAAAAAAGGAGGAAUUAAGAAAGCUCCAGUAGCAAUACCUCCCUUUAAAAUGAUACUCUAGGCACCAAAACAACUGUAGCUUAAUGAAGCAGUUUUGGUAUACAGAUCUCCUAUAUAGAUCUUGCUGUUUUUUUUACUACUUGACCUCCAGGAGCUUUUUCUGAUGUUGUCUAAUGGAACGAGUCCGCAUUGUUGCAGACUUUUUUUUUUGUAUUCUAUUGAUAUCUUACAAAGAGAGGAUAUUGGGGGAAAUGAAGAAAACAGCAGUAGAAAAGGGAUGGAGUCAAAAAGAAGCAGUUCUUGGCAGAUGCUAGAAUAGGGAUAGGCAACCUUUGGCACUCCACAUGUCUGAAGGUUGCCUAUCUCUGGUAUAGAAUAUGUUUGUUGGAUUCAUCAGUGGAGCAAAAGCAGAAUAAAAUUUCCAUACUUAAUGGCAGGAUUGGAAAGGUAUAGUGGGUGAUAGAAAGUGAUAAAAACAAGGCACUGUAUGAUUUGCAGCACAAACGAAACCUGCAAGUCCCACUGGCUAUGUAUCUUCAUGGGUUCGAAGCAUUGCAGUGCAAAUGUUGUUACAAGGAUUCUACCUGUCAUAGAGCACUGAACAACAGAUUUGAAAGUAUAAGUAUCAUGUUAACAUGUGUACAACAUAUUGAGAUCAUUAAUAUAAUCAUGUUUCUUAUGCUGCAGUGCCAAACCCACCGAUUUUGAUUUCCUUAAAGUAAUUGGAAAAGGAAGUUUUGGAAAGGUUAGUAUUUCACAACUUAUGCUUCAUACUAUGUCACACAAUGCAUUGAGUGUGUUGGCUCUUUUUUCAUUAAUUUAAUCCGACAUAAAGGUAAAGCAGCCCUUGAGGAUAUUUCAAAAAGGGGCGCAGAUUGGGAAUUGACUGUGAGUGAAUGAAGAUUAAUAGAAGAUGCUGAUGUGUGAUGGAAUGAAGGUGGAUAGGUAUCAAUAGAAAGAAAAUUUGGGAUAGCAGAAGAAAGGUAGUUAAACGUCAUAAAUAAAGGGAAAAAAGAUGGAUAAGUCAUAGGUGAAGGAUUGUAGGGAAGGGAAGUGCAAGGGAAUUAACAUAAAUAUAAAUAUGUGUUAAUUGGAAGAGACGUAUGACCAAAUUAAGGUGAAUGUGUGUCAUUAAUAGGGAAGUGGGUUGUGAAUGAAUAGAAGACAGUGCCUAGUUACAAAGGGAACAGAAGUGUGACAAAAUUAAGGUAAGUAGGGAUCAAAAGGAUGGGAGUUGUAACAGAAUGACAGACUGUAGGCUUAAUUACAAGGAAUAGAGGAUAGAAAAAAUGAAGGGAGAUAUGGUUAGCUACAAAGAAUAGACAUGUGAAUGAAAGUGGAUAUCGUCAGUAAUGAUAAAGGAAUGAGAGUUGUGACAGAAUGAAGGAAGAGGACCAGUAACAAAUCGAAGAGAUUGACAGAAUAAAAUAAAGGUAUCGAUAAAUAAUAAAGGGAAUAAAGGUGUGAGAGAACAAUCGUAGAUAGGGGUCAGUAAUGAAGAGAGCAUAGGUGUGAGAAUGAAAGUAGAUAGGGGUCAGUAAUGACGGAGAGGUGUAACAGAAUAAAGGUACAUAGUUACAUACAUAGAUACAUAAGGAAACAUUGUUGGACAGAUUAAAGGUAGAUAGGGAUCAGGAGUGGAAGUGACAGGUGUGACAGAAUGAAGAUAGAUAGGGGUCAGUAAGGCAGGAGAAGAGAUGUAAAAAAAAGAGGGACCUUAUGGGCCAAUAAAGUGGGAGGACAGGUGUGACAGAAUUAUGGUACAUAGGAGUCAAUAAUGAGGGAGUACAGGUGUGACACAAUGAAAGCAGCUAGGGGUAAAAAAAAUGAAAGGACAGAUGUGACAGAAUGAAGGUAGAUAGGGGUCAAUAAAAUGGGAGGACAGGUGUGACAGAAUGAAGGUAGAUAGGGGUCAAUAAAGCAGGAGGACAGGUGUGACAGAAUGAAGGUAGAUAGGGGUCAAUAAAGCGGGAGGACAGGUGUGACAGAAUGAAGGUAGAUGGGGGUCAAUAAAACGGGAGGACAGGUGUGACAGAAUGAAGGUAGAUAGGGGUCAAUAAAGCGGGAGGACAGGUGUGACAGAAAGAAGGUAGAUAAGGGUCAAUAAAGCGGGAGGUCAGGUGUGACAAUGAUGGCAGGGGUCAAUAAAGCGGGAGGACAAGUGUGACAAUGAUGGUAGAUAGAGGUCAAUAAAGCGGGAGGACAGGUGUGACAGAAUGAAGGUAGAUAGGGGUCAGUAAAACGGGAAGACAGGUGUGACACAAUGAAGGUAGAUAGGGGUCAAUAAAGCAGGAGGACAGGUGUGACAGAAUGAAGGUAGAUAGGGGUCAAUAAAACAGGAGGACAGGUGUGACAGAAUGAAGGUAGAUGGGGUCAAUAAAGCGGGAGGACAGGUGUGACAGAAUGAAGGUAGAUGGGGUGAAUAAAGCGGGAGGACAGGUGUGACAGAAUGAAGGUAGAUGGGGUCAAUAAAACGGGAGGACAGGUGUGACAGAAUGAAGGUAGAUAGGGGUCAAUAAAGUGGGAGGACAGGUGUGACAGAAUGAAGGUAGAUAGGGGUCAAUAAAGCGGGAGGACAGGUGUGACAGAAUUAAGGUAGAUAGGGGUCAAUAAAGCAGGAGGACAGGUGUGACAGAAUGAAGGUAGAUAGGGGUCAGUAAAGCGGGAGGACAGGUGUGACAGAAUGAAGGUAGAUGGGAUCAAUAAAGUGGGAGGACAGGUGUGACAGAAUGAAGGUAGAUAGGGGUCAAUAAAGCGGGAGGACAGGUGUGACAGAAUGAAGGUAAAUAGGGGUCAAUAAAGCGGGAGGAUAGGUGUGACAGAAUGAAGGUAAAUAGGGGUCAUUAAAGCGGGAGGACAGGUGUGACAGAAUGAAGGUAGAUAGGGGUCAAUAAAGCGGGAGGUCAGGUGUGACAAUGAUGGCAGAUAGGGGUCAAUAAAGCAGAAAGACUGGUGUGACAAUGAUGAUAGAUAGGUGUCAAUAAUGAGGCUGGUCAGGUGUGACAGCAUGAAGGCAGAUAGGGAUCAGUAAUGAGGGAGGACAGGUGUGACAGAAUGAAGGUAAAUAGGGGUCAAUAAAGCGGGAGGAUAGGUGUGACAGAAUGAAGGUAGAUAGGGGUCAAUAAAGCGGGAGGUCAGGUGUGACAAUGAUGGCAGAUAGGGGUCAAUAAAGCAGAAAGACUGGUGUGACAAUGAUAAUAGAUAGGUGUCAAUAAUGAGGGUGGUCAGGUGUGACAGCAUGAAGGCAGAUAGGGAUCAGUAAUGAGGGAGGACAGGUGUGACAGAAUGAUGGUAGAUAGGGAACAGUAGUGAAAGGAGGAGAGGCGUGACAGAAUGAAGGCAGAUAGGGGUAAGUAUAGAAGGUUCUAAAUAUGUAGAACUCACAAUGGAAAGCAAAUAAAUAUUUCUGCUAUUUGAUCUGCUGGUUACUCCAUAUUUAUAGCUUUCUAUCAGAACUGGAUUGCUUUUCCUUGCAACAUUUUUAUUCAUCUCUCUGAGACAUUAUUGGUAUUAUUUAGUAAUCAUCAGAUUUUGGCAUUGCUUUAACUCCAUCCCUGGUUAAAGUGUUUGUUACUCCAUUUUGACAGCGAUUACAUUUAUUUGUACCACAUGAUUUAAUAUUGUUUUCAAUUAUCCACACCUCUCUGAUUAUUUUGUUCUUGGUUGACCGCUGUGCUGCCAAGGACUUGGAGUUUGUCACUAAUCUCAUAAUCUUGAGCAGGCUGGACAUAAAAAUUCCUGUGGCAGGGGUUGAGGGGAGAUCAGACUGAGAUCCUGUUCUAGAUUCUUAAUGAAAAUUUGUAUUUUAAGGUCAGCUCACUUCACCUCCUCCAAAAUCAUAUAACAGGGAUAGUCAACCUUGUGCACUCCAGAUGUUGUGAACUACAUCUCCCAUAACACUCAUACAGCCACAAUGCUGGCAAAGCAUCAGGAGAGAUGUAGUCCAUAAUAUCUGGAGUAUCCAAGGUUGCUGAUCCAUGUCCUUUAACCAACUUUCUGACCUUCUAGGACAUUUUUUGUAGCCUCUGACCUCAACAGCCACUUCAUGGCUGUAAUCUCCCACCUGGAGAGCCAGGUUGCCAGUACCAUCAUGGUUGGUCAUUAAAGUGAGAACUCAAAGUCACUUUAAAAUUUAAGGCCAAAGUUGUCAAAUCGGAUAAAAGAUGACUUCCAGAAUUUUUCCCAGUUGAGCUAUUGCACCUUGAAUUUAAAUUCACACUUAAGCGUAUAUGUCAUGUUUUAUUGCCUCGCUUUUGCACGCUUGUUCCAUUACACAGUUAGCUUUAUAAAAAAUAUGUAUUAUUUAUUGCUCAAAAUCACACCUAUCCUACAUCUUGAACCUGUAAUUUAAAAAAAAUAUUAAUUUUGUACCCAUACAUCAUGUACAUUUAUUACUCAAUCGUAGGUAAAUACUCUCAGAUACCUGUAAAAUCUAUGGGUGAAGCCUUGUCUCAUAGCUUUUCUAAAGAAUUCAUUUCUCACAGGUACUUCUGGCCAAGCGUAAAAGCGACAAUCGUUUCUAUGCUGUAAAGGUUCUUCAGAAGAAGACUAUCUUGAAGAAGAAAGAGGUGAGUAGGGAAAGGGCCGUCAGACAUGCAUUGUAUUAUCCCAUUAAAAGAACUUGGUAUAAAUGGACAUUUUAACAGAAUAGUAAAGCAACUGAGAAUAAGAAAAUUAGGGUCUUUGAGUGGUUUUACACAAACUGAGGAUUCCCCAGGUGCCUGAUUUACUUUUAUUUAAGACAGCUUAAAUAAAAGAGAUGCAGUUGCAGGACCAGAUUUCCCAUUAGGUAGAGUAGGCACCUGACCAUUAAUGGGCGAACGUUUUCAGCAGAUAAAAUGAGCCUUUUUGAGCUUAAAUAGGCUGAUGGGGAGUGAUAAGUACCAGAAGCCAUGGCCAGUGUCCUAUGCAGUCCAGUCAGCCGUAGUAGUAGUAGAGCUGCAGGAACAGUUAUAGAGGGUGUAAAACACGUAGCUCCUCCAGUGUCUGUGUGUGAGACAGGAUGUCAGAGGGAUCACUUCCAAUCUGCACACUAACAGACUCUCAAACAGGAAAUGCUUUGCAGGAGGAGCAGUGGAAGUUCUGAGUGAUGCACACUGUAUGACAUCUCCUGCAGCUGUAAUAUCAUCAAUCUGAAUUAUCUACAUAAAGUUUUCCCAAAGUGUGGGUCGCAGGGCGAUUCCCAGUGGGUUGCGCUGACCCACGCCUCCAGGGCCGCCGGGGACCUAAGAGACAGGCAGGCAGACUGAUUAGUCAGGCUCGAGAGUGACCACGGGCCCGACACCAGGAGGGGCACCAGCAGCUUGCCCUGGAUGUCACCAGGCUCCCUCCAAUCAGUCUGCCCAGCUCUGCCAGAGCUGCAGACCGUGUUAUAGAAGUCUCAUGAGCUCCCAGAGCAUGACAACACGCUGGGAGCUCGCAAGACUUCUAUCACAUGGUCUGCAGCUUUGCACCCGGCGGAGCUGCAGACCGCAGAAUUAACCGACCGGACCACUAGGGAGAGACACUGGACCAUCAGAGAAUCUAAUUAAGGUAGGACACAGCCCCACACCCUGCCCCCCCACAAUGUAACCCCUUCUCUACCUGCCCCAACACUGUAACCCCUAAUCUCCCUACCUCCCUCCUCACACUGUAAAUCAUUCUCUCCCUGCCCUCCCACACUAUAACCCCUUCUCUCCCUGCCCCCUCCCGACACUGUAAUCCCUUGUCACCCUGUCCCCCCGUAUAGAUUUCUCACCCUGCCCCCCCACUGUAACCCUUUCUCACCCUGCCCCACACUGUAACGCCUUCUCUCCCUGCCCCCUCCCCACACUGUAAUGCCUUCUCUCCCUGGCCUGCUCCCCACACUGUUAUCCCUUCUCUCCCUGCCCCCCCCACUGUAGCCCCUUCUCCCCCUGCCCCUGCCCCACAUUGUAGCCCUUCUCUCUGCCCCACACUGUAACCCUUCUCUUCCUGUGCCCCCACCUGUAGCCCUUCUCUCUCUGCUCCCCACACUGUAGCCCUUCUCUCCCUGCUCCCCACGCUGUAACCCCUUCUCUUCCUGCCCCCCCACUGUAGCCCCUUCUCUCCCUGACCCCCUCCCCACACUGUAACCCAUUCUCUCCUGCCCCCCCCCCACACUGUAACCCCUUCUCUCCUGCCCCUCCCUCCACUGUAACCCCUUCUCACCCUGUCCCCAUUAUGGAUUUCUCACCCUGCCCCCCACUGUAACCCUUUCUCCGCUGCCCCCAUUGCCAACCCUUUCUCACCCUGCCCCCUGCGGCCCUUUCUCCCCAUGCCCCCACACUGUAACCCUUUUUCACCCUGCCCCCCCCCACACUGUCACCAGCACACACACACACACACUUACUCCCACACUGUCAUCCUCACCUCCUGUCUCUGUAUGUAAAUGUAUCUGUGUGUCCUUUUGUGUCAGUGUGUGUCUGUGUGUAUUGUGUGUCAGUGUGUAUCUGGGUAAAUGAGUGUCUGUGUAUCUGGGUGUGGGAAACUAGGUGUUAUUAUGUGUAUGUCUGUGUGUAUCGGAGUGUCAGUGUGUGUAUUUGUGUGCCUGUGUAUUUGCAUGUGUGUCAGUGUGUGUCUCUGUAUGUGUGUGGAAGUGUAUACACUGCACACAAAUGCACACCUGCAUUCAAACACCAACAUUCACACACAUACUCCAUACAAAACAUGCUUACAUUCAAACACACAUUGUGUAUAUGUAUAUUUUAUAUACACAAUAUACACACACUGCAUCCACUACACACGGACUGCAAUCAAACGCAAACAUUACAUACAAACACACCCCUGUAUUAAAACACUAAAAUUAUAUACACCCCUUCAUUCAAACACCAACACUACACCUAAAUAUAACCCUGCAACGAUGGGCAAAUGGUAGAUCCCCAGAUGGCAUAGCAUUGUUGAAGUUCUCUGACAGAUGGGGAUCUACCUUUUGGUCACACUUGCACUAUAUGGGGGCACAGAAAACAUACUUGCACCAGGGCCCUCUUUACAUUAGUUCCACCACUGGGAUAAUAAGCGUUAGGUGCCUGGAUGAAAGAGCGGGACACAGAACUUCUGAUUCUGACUGAGUCUGUGAGUAAGCCGUUGUAUGCCUCUAAAACGGAUUGCCAUGAUAUGCCACGUUUCUCCCUUUAAAACUGCCAUAAUAUGCCAAAAUAAUUGCUAUAAAACUGCCAUGAUAUCCCAGAAUUAUGCCUCUAAAAGUGUCAUGAUAUGCCAAUUGUAUGCAUCUAAAGCUGAUUGCCCUAGUGUUGCAAUUGUAUGCCUCUAUAGCUGCCAUGUGCCAACUUUAUGCUUUUAAAAUGGAUUGUCAUGGUGUGCACAUUUUAUGCAUCUAAGCCUGUUUGCCAUGGUUCUGCCAAUUGUAUGCAGCUAAGACUGUUUGCCAUGGUGUGUCAAUUGUAUGCCUCUAAAACUGAUUGCCAUAUGUGCCAGUUUAUGCAUCUAAAGCUGAUUGCCCUGGUGUGCCAAUUGUAUGCAUCUAAAGCUGGAUGCCAUGAUGUGCCAGUUUUAUGCCUCUAAAACUGAUUGGCAUGGUGUGCCAAUUGUAUGUCUUUAAAACUGAUUGCCAUGGUGUGCCAAUUGUAUGCCUCUAAAGCUGAUUUCCAUGGUGUGCCAACUGUAUGUAUCUAAAGCUGAUUGCCAUAGUGUGCCAGUUGUAUGCCUCUAAAGCUGAUUGCCAUGGUGUGCCAAUUGUAUGUCUCAAAAAUGAUUGCCAUGGACUGCCAAUUGUAAGUCUCUAAAGCUGAUUUCCAUUGUGUGCUUACUGUAUGUCUCUAAAGCUGAUUGCCAUGGACUGCCAAUUGUAUGUCUCUAAAGCUGAUUUCCAUGGUGUGCCAAUUGUAUGUCUCUAAAGAUGAUUGCCAUGGUGUGCCAAUUGUAUGUCUCUAAAGCUGAUUGCCAUGGUGUGCCAACUGUAUGUCUCUAAAGCUGAUUGCCAUGGUGUGCCAAUUGUAUGCCUCUAAAGCAGAUUGCCAUGGUGUUCAUUUUUAAAAUAUGCAUUAAAAGAAGUGGGUCUCAAAAAAUUACAGUUUUCAAAAGUGGGUCUCAGCCCAUAAAUGUUUGAGAAGCCCUGAUCUACAUAAUACAUAGUAGAGUGAGUACCCUGCAUAUAACCAUUCAAACUCCAGAACUCAAAGCCUAAACCUAAAAAAUAAAUCCUUUACAUUAUUACCUUUGUUUAACUCCCUUUAAAAGCUAAACAACUCAUGUACGCAAUAGAAAAUUUAACACAACUCUGACCCUAAACUCAAUCAUCCUGAAACACACCCCAAAAUGCUAAAUUUAACCCAACUCUAGCCCUCAACUCAAUAAUCCAAAAUAUUCCUUAUAUUACAACUUCAGCCCUCUGUAGCUGUUAAUCCCUUUGACACAUCCUAUGUAAUCUAACCCAUUUCUAACUUAAAGCCACUUUUACCCUAAUCACUUAUGUUAUCUUUAACCCUGCGUGUAUUUACACAGCUGCACACACUCACUAUACUCGGACUCAAACACAAACAGAGCAGAAAUAUACACAUACAGGUGAUACCUGAAAAAUUUGAAUAUCGUACAAAAGUUCAUUUAUUUCAGUAAUGCAACGUAAAAGGGGAAACUAAUAUAUGAGAUAGACGCAUUACAUGCAAAACAAGAUAGUUCAAUCCAUGAUUUGUCAUAAGUGCGAUGAUUAUGGCUUACAGCUCAUGAAAACCCCAAAUCCACGAUCUCAGUAAAUUAGAGUAUUACAUGCAAUCAAUAAAACAAGGAGUGUACAUAGAACAAUAUCGGACCUCUGAAAAGUAUAAGCAUGCAGAUGGACUCAGUACUUGGUUUGGACCCCUUUUGCAGCAAUUACUGCCUCAAUGUGGCGUGGCAUGGAAGCUAUCAGCCUGUGGCACUGCUGAGGUGUUAUGGAAGACCAGGAUGCUUCAAUAGCGGCCUUCAGCUCUUCUGCAUUAUUCGGUCUCAUGUCUCAUCUUUCUCUUGGCAAUGCCCCAUAGAUUCUCUAUGUGGUUCAGGUCAGGCGAGUUUGCUCGCCAAUCAAGCACAGUAAUCCCACGGUCAUUGAACCAGCCUUUGGUGCUUUUGGCAGUGUGGGCAGGUGCAAAGUCCUGCUGGAAAAUGAAGUCAGCAUCCCCAUAAAGCUUGUCUGCAGAAGGAAGCAUGAAGUGCUCCAAAAUCUCCCAUUAGACGGCUGCGUUGACCCUGGACUUAAUGAAGUGGACCAACACCAGCAGAUGACAUGGCUCCCCAAAUCAACACAGACUGUGGAAACUUCACACUGGACUUCAAGCAUCUUGCAGUGUGUGCCUCUCCAUUCUUCCGCCAGACUCUGGGACCUUGGUUUCCAAAUGAGAUGCAAAAGUUGCUCUCAUCAGAAAAGAGGAUUUUGGACCACUGAGCAACAGACCAGGUCUGUUUUUCUUUAGCCCAGGUAAGACGCUUCUGACGUUGUUUGUUGUUCAGGAGCGGCUUGACAAGAGGAAUACGACAUCUGAAGCCCAUGUCCAAGAUCCGUCUGUAUGUGGUGGCUCUUGAUGCACUGACUCCAGCCUCAGUCCACUCCUUGUAAAAGUCCCCAACACUUUACCUGACAAUCCUCUCCAGGCUGCAGUCAUCCCUGCUGCUUGUGCACCUUUUUUCUUCCACACUUUUCCCUUCCACAUAACUUUCUAUGAAUGUGCUUUGAUACAGCACUUUGGGAACAUCCAACUUCUUUCGCAAUUACCUUUUGAGGCUUUUACCUCCUUAUGGAGGGUGUCAUUGAGGGUUUUCUCCACAACUGACAGGUCAGCAGUCUUCCCCAUGAUUGUGAUUCCUGCUGAACCAGACUGAGAGACCAUUUAAAGGCUCAGAAACCCUUUGCAGGUGUUAUGGCUUACUUAGCUGAUUAGAGUGGGACACUCUGAGCCUAGAAUAUUGCACCUUUUCACAAUAUUCUAAUUUACUGAGAUUGUGGAUUUGGGGUUUUCAUGAGCUGAAAGCCAUAAUCAUGGCACUUAUGACAAAUCACAGCUUGAACUAUCUUGCUUUGCAUGUAAUGCAUCAAUCUAAUAUUAGUUUCUCCUUUUACGUUGCAUUACUGAAAUAAAUGAACUUUUGCACGAUAUUCUAAUUUUUCGAGUAUUACCUGUACAUAUUUAUACACAUGCAGUAAUCAAAUAUACAUAUGUGGUUUUUCUAGAUUUUUUUUUUUAGGCCUGCACUUAAUACAUUGAUUAUACUUACUUUAUCUGAAAGAUUAAGCAGGGGUGUAACUGGAAAAAUAUUAAAAGGGUAAGUAAAAAAGGUGCAGAGAGGUAAAUGAAAGACUAGCAGAAGAAACAGAGAACACAGAGUGUGAGGGUGGCCAAUCCCGUUAUAUUCUGACGUAGUUAUAUAUGUAUUGAUUGGGCUUUCCUAUAGAAAGGAGAUUAAAGUAUGGGUAUGGAUCAAAAGUGCAAUAAACACCUUUGUUCUCAUCAGCAAUCCCACAUUAUGGCUGAAAGGAAUGUCCUCCUGAAGAACCUAAAGCAUCCUUUCCUUGUGGGCCUACACUACUCCUUCCAGACCACUGAGAAGCUCUACUUUGUUCUAGACUAUGUAAAUGGUGGAGAGGUAAGACGAUAACCCAUUAUCACACUUACUACAGUGGCAUUCUAUUGCAAUAUCCCUCAUUUUAUACUGCUACACUGUGUAAACAAGACUCAAACACCUUAGACCACGAAAUGUUGUGUUGAGGUAUUUUUCAGAGUAACUACUGGGCCAGCGAGGCCUAUGUCAGGUAAAAAAACCUGUUGCAUGCACCACUACUUUGUUAUUCCAGGAACUCAUCAGUGAUCCAGAACAGUGUGUAUAAUUGCAAGCUUCACCUUGGGAGCAGUAACUCAAAUGAUUUAUUUCACGUUGUGCUAACUGCAGAGAAAACACGCGGUUAGGAAUGACUAAGUGGAUUUUUUUUCCCGAGAGGCAAAAAGGACCUUGAGCUACCUUUGCAACCGGAUACAAGAUUUGAUUUUCCAAGCUAAUUUCCAAAAUAAUGAGUUAUUUUAAGUCAGCAAUCAAUUUCCAGGCCAACGUAUCCGAUCGGGGAAAAAAAAGGAAAGUCCAUUUUGACCAUCUUCAUUGAUUUUUUUUUUUCUUCCGUUCUGUUAAUAUAAACUAUAUGUUGAAUAAACUACUGCAUCUAGGGUGGGCAAUUUCUGCAGUGUCAAACCCUACAUCUCCCAGAAUGCUCUGCUACCUGUCAUAUAGUGAAGCCGUUAACAAUAAAUCAUAGGGUGAUACAAUCUGUUGUUACUGCAGAAACUAAUGAUAAUUCAUCAAAUUACAUAAUUAGUGGAGUGAACUCAACCGUCAUUCUCUUGGACUCUCCCAGUGUAGUUAGCAGAACUCAAAAUGUCAAAAUACUGAUAGGAGUAAGAAAGAUUGCUGUCAUUUAAGAUGGUGGUAUGCUGCUAAUGAUAAAAAGGCAGAGCUCUUAGCUCUCACUGGCAUGCCACGGGUUACGUAUGUAUGGGCAGGAAAGUAGCCAAGAGUAUUACGCUCCAUUGUGCCUGAGCCACAUCAGCAGCAAAGGAUUGUGGUACCAUACUCACUUUGUUGUUGUUAUCGUGCACAGCAAGACUACAUACUGUGUUUGCAGCUCAUUAGUUUAAUUAGUUGUCCUAAGGCCUAGUGGGAUCGAGUGAAAAAUAUGCCUGAAGCAUGCUGAGCAAAUGGUUUUUGUUUGCUAGAACCAUUUAGGUGGAAGAGAGAAAAUACUCCCCACAUAUGUUGUUGUUGUUGUUUUGUUUUUUUCUGUUUUUUUUUUUUUAUCUGUUUUUCCGCAUGCCCUGCCAGGUAUACUGUUCAUAAAUUGCCGAAUUGCUGAAUAGUUCCUGGGAAGGUAAUAGAUAUCUGGGCUAGUGCUCACUUAAGAGUAAUAGUUUGAGGUUGUUUAUUACAGCUUGAAUAUGUUGUUUUCUUAAAUGUUGCAUUUACUUGAAGAUAAAGCUCUCUAACUUGGCAGUAAUCAUCAAACCAGGGACUAUGCUCUAUAUAACUAAAUAAGUAAAAUACAAACAAACAACCCUUACAAGUUGAAGUUAAAUUUAGAACAAUCUCUAUAUAGUUAUGGUUAUCAUUACAUUUUAGUAUUUUGUAUAUUUUUUUAAACUGGUAUUUUUCUGUUAGAGUAAGAGAUAUCCAGUAACAGAGAUCAUGUUUUGUGCAUGACCAGAACAUAUAAAAUAAUAAAAUGCUGAUAAAUCAACCUUUUAAAAAAAUAAAUAAAUAGAAAUAUCAAUAUAGUGCCUGCAUUGUAAUGAGCCCGACAAAAUCAGACUAUACUAUAACUGUUGAAUUUAAAUGAGGUACCGGAAUAUGCACUUAGAUCAAUUGGUUGGGUUCAAUAAGGCGAGUAAGCACCUAACCAAAGGGGGCCUCGAGGGCGGGGGUGUAGACCACUAUAAGCAAUACGUGUUAAUGAUACAAUAACACAGAAAUUAAAUUGUAAAAAGAAAAACAACCAAACAGAACAAAAAAAAGGUUAACCACUAUGUACACGAUAGCGUAGCAACAUCAGACUCGUAAACUAAACGUAAGUCAUGGUACUCUAGUUAAUCUUACUUCACCAAUCUGUCUAGUCAAGCAUGCUUAAAAAACACAAAAUUGUGCGAACUCUCAUGCCACUGCUAAACUGUUAUGACUCUUGAAAUACGCUGUUGUGGCGACCGUUGAUAUAUUGUAAUCAUCUGCACAGCAAAAAUAAAAAUUCUAAAGACAAAAGGAGACACAAGUGUGAGGGUCCCAGGAGCAGCAUGGAAACAGGAGUGUCUUAGAUUGCACGGUUAAGGUGACCGGAACAGUGCACCCAGACCACUUCGAUAAAAUGAAGUGGUCUGGGUGCCAAUAGUGUCCCAUGAAAAGUACCUCACUUUUUUCUACACAAAUAAACAAUUCCAGAUGCAAUUACAGACUGGCUAUGUUCCUUGAGCAAGAAAGUUUAUUUCAAGGACAGGUUAGAAUACACAUUAUCUGAAAGACUGCAUGAGAAGCAACAGAGUUGUAGCAACAACAUACUUUGGUUUGUGUGGGUCACUAUUAAUGAGCAAGCAUUUUGACAUGAAUCGCUGAGAGUUGUUUCAGCAAAGUAAGUGAUAUUAUGCACUGAUACAGUGCAUCUGCUAAUUUCCUUUAGUAGAAUCUAGUAUAUGCUAAGAAUCUAUUCAUCCGUGAAUGUCACUAGGAAAAAUAUGGAGCUCAGCUAAAUUGGAUCAGAACCUUCUUGUGUUAAUAAUAUUUUUAUUGUUUUGCUUUUAGCUAAACGUUAUUAUGUAUAUAAUGAUCAUAUGCACAGGUGUUGCUGGGUUAGAGCAUUGGGGCGAAAUCCACUGAAUGGUAUUCUUUAGCCCUGGAUCUCUACAGGUAGUGGAGGGGCUGAAGGAUAUAAGCGUUUUCUUAUGGUCUUUUUUGCUCUGCAAGGCUACUUAGGGUGAGGAAGUGAUGCCCCCAAGGUUAUCUUGUGAUAUGGUGCUGUAAAGCAGAACUUUGCUGCACACCGCUCUAUUAAACCAACACUAUAGGGUCAGGAACACAAACAUUUAUUCCUGACCCUAUAGGGUUAAAAAAAAAAAAUUAGGUGGCUUGCCCGCCCCCUCCUCAGCCCCCUUAGAAGGGGUUAAAAAAUACUUUUUUCCCAAUGCAGUGUGGGUUUGUCGGCGUUGGCCCCUCCCCCGAUCUGCCUCCUUGGUGACAUCAUCAGAAUUUACUAUUUUUAGCCAAUCCAUUGCUUUCCCAUAGGGAAUGCAUUGGAUUGACAGAAAUUGACAAGGAGGCAAAAUGUGCACAGAGCCAAAUGCCGGUUUGGCCAAUCAGCACCUCCUCAUAGAGAUGCAUUGAAUCAAUGCAUAGAGAUGCUUUGAAUCCAUGCAUCUCUAUGAGGAAAGGUCUGCGUCCAGAAUGGCACUGCUGCGCACUGGAGUGUCUGAGCAGUUAUCUUCUCAACAUUUACUAGCAGAAACCUACAUCCUUUGCUUUCCCAAUAUACCGUACUGCAGACUAUGUUGGUACUCUGUAAUAACCAUUUUUUUUUUUUGCAAGUUUCUACUCAAAUAAGUUGUACUCUGCAGCUCUCUAUAGACUUAGUAGAACUUGGCCAUGGUCCAUCAAUAUCUUAUAACUGUGCCAGUUCUGAAAGAGAACCAUCAAACCAUCCCAUUUGAAACGCCAACAUUGAAAUGGCGCCUGUGACGGACCGCCUGCCACCCCGACCAGGUACCUCCGCCAAUCACUUCUUCCUAGUACUCCUUGAGUACCAUAAGCGCCGCACCGGACACCAUAACCACUGUAAACCCCACAAACCACCACAGUUUGGUUGGGGUCUCGCGGUGCUCCACCCACCCUGGACCCAAGACCAGGAUCCAGCUUCCAGUGGGUAGACCUCUCCUAGUCCAGAGAGCAAAGCAGGCUGCUCUUAUAAGAGCAAGUGUUGUGAUCCGAGGGAGUAUAGUUAUUAUAGCAAUCCCCAGAGUGUGAAUAUAGCUCCCAAUCCCCCAAACAUGAGCCUAGACUUCAUGAAGGGGUAAGACAUUCUGUUUAAUGGCAGCCAUAACUGGCCUUAUAUGCAGGUCCCCAUGCAAGGGGUUUCCGGUUACAUUUUCCACAGGCAUUCCCCACUGGACCUAAGAGUAGACUACAGCAGAAACAUACACAUGAUUACAUUGGCUCUCAGGUCCAGGACCCUCCCACACCAAACAAGAGAAUCCCUCCCCUGUGCCUGGGUGAUAAUUGAGUCAGGAACUAUACUAAACUCAAUUAUCUCCAGGCACAGAAAACAUACAUUUUACAAUACCCCAAAAGUACCCCCAAAACACAUGAAAACCCCCUGAUAGCCCCGAUCUGGGGGACCAACAUAUCAAAAAAUCACCAAGAUUGGUUCGGGGGUUCUGCCCAAAACCGUUCCAGAGAAUCGGCUUGCGGUCGGUCUAGUUCGGUAGUUUAAAACCGAAAAAAGUACCGAACAUAUUUAAGAGUCUUACCCUGGAGCUUGUUCACCUUAUUCGUGGGAACGUUUCCACCGAACAGUGCCCUUCUAAGUUGUGUUAAACCGACUGCAGGUGAUCCUGGAAGUCCAGUAGUGUUCGGGAGUUUCAGUGUCCGAAAACAAUACCAUAAACUCAACGACCAAACACUGCUGCCUACAUUGGGCGGGAACAAGAUGGCCGCCACCUUGUGGUCGUUCAUGUGAACAGCGGCCAUCCAGACGAACACUUAGAACACUGUGGUGGAAAGUGUUACAAACUGUCAAUUAGGUUUAACAAGAUCCUGGGUGGUCUCUGGUUCGUGCGCCUAAACCAAAUAUAAAAUCCCUCGGACCAAGUCCGUUCACAUAGUUUUUUUUAAAGGGCAGAAGGCUGGCAAGCAGGUCUCUCCAAGAACCUGUGACGAGGUUCCGUUCGUCACAGCGACAUAGUUUUUUCUCCACUUAUUAUUCUGGUGCCAUGGCUGUAAAGCAUUACAGGGUUAUUUACUAAAGUAAGCAUUAUUGGGAAAUCAAAGUAAAUUUCAAAUUUAAGGCCAAAACAGCCAGACCGCAAGAAAUUGCUUUCAGUUGUCUUUAUUUUGUCUCUAAAUUUGAAAUUCACUUAGAAUUCACUUUGAGUUCCCGACAAUAAGCUGAAACGGUGAAACGUUUUAUCAGGCUAUCUGUUUGAGUGCGGAUUUAAAGCAAUUUAGACGUCAGAUGUUAGGGUUAAGAUUGGGUUUAGGCAUUUAAUAGAAGCAGUUGGGAAUGAAGUUUAGUGUGCGUUACAGAGCAUAUAUUGUACAAACCCUUAACUGUUGUGCUCUAUUUUCAACACAACAUUUUAAACGCAUUACUCUGAUGAGCAAUGUAAAUAGGGCAUACUAGACUAAUGUACAAAUGUGUUUCAGCUGCUACGAAUGAAUCAAAUGCCUUUUAAUCCGUGCCAGAACGAAUUGAUCACAGUGAAUUAGACUCCACCGGUAAAUCCCAGAUGAAUCGAUUUGUUCAAGUGCUUAUUAAAAAGGCAUUUGAUUAGUUCAUAGCAGCUGAAACACAUUUGUGCAGAAGUCUAAUGUACAUUUAGUAGUAAAUUGGGCAUACUGCCACUAGAAUGCCUAUUUUAUUGAUGCUGUAUUAGCUAAAAGUUAAGGGCUAUGAUCAGUAGUUAUUAGUUCUGUGGGUUAGAAGUUAAAGGUUGUAGUUAGAAUCAGGAAUUAAAGUUAUGGAGUUAGGUUACGCAGUUUUGAGUUAGUGUAAGGACUUCAGGUCAGGAGUAGGGACUAGGAGUUUUUAUGAGGACUUAAGGAAUAGGAUUUUAUUUAGACUGUUUUUUUCUCCAUUUAUUAUUCUGGUGCCAUGGCUGUAAAGCAUUACAGGGUUAUUUACUAAAGUAAGCAUUAUUGGGAAAUCAAAGUAAAUUUCAAAUUUAAGGCCAAAACAGCCAGACCGCAAGAAAUUGCUUUCAGUUCGUCUUUAUUUUGUCUUUAAAUUUGAAAUUCACUUAGAAUUCACUUUGAGUUCCCGACAAUAAGCUGAAAAGGUGUAUAUUGCCCACAUACACGCACUCACUUGAUGUUCUCUGUCAAAAAUGGCAACAAUAGUAAAUUGGACCAAUCUGUUAUGGGAUCCUGCUGAGUUAAAGGAACACUAUAAUGUCAGGAAUACAAACAUCCAUUCCUGGCACUGUAGCCCUGAAGUGGCUGUUUAGAUGACCAGCCUUCUCCUAUAUUAGUAAAAAGACUAUUUUACUCACUUUCCCCUUGCCACACCAAUCUCGCCAUGGCAGGCCCCGUCUGGCUCCAUUUGCAGGGCUGAGAUCAAUCAAUCUUGAUGAUUUAAGCCAAUACAAUGCUUUCCCACGGAAAAGCAUUUGAACGCCAAUCACCUCAUAGAGAUGCAUUGAAUCAGUGCAUCUGUAUGGAGAAUGUUCAGUGUCUCCAUGCAGAGGGUAGACACUCUCCAUGCCAGUGCUGCACACAUUGCAGCACACCGAUAAGAAGCACCUCUUGUGGUCAUCUGAGUGACUGCAACUAGUGGUGUUCCUAGGCACCAAUGUAUAUACUGUUUUUGUCUUAAAAAGGCAGCGUUUACAUUGCCGAACCUGCGGGGACAUGCUGUAGACAUCUGAAAGACUCAAUUAAGCUGUAGUGGUUCUGGUGACUAUAGCGUCCCUUUAGGUUGACAGUAAUAUGAUUUGCAUCUGCAUUCACUUUAGUAGUUAUAAGGUACUCACUGAUACAUAGAUAAUAAUCUGCGCGGAUUUCAGUGCACUGAUUACAUGAACUCAAAAGUCCUUAAGAUGGAAUCUUGGAAUACACAUUAACAAUUCAAGAAUGUAUUUUUUUUAAUUUUAAAAAAAUCUCUAAUAACUUCAAAUAACAUCAUAGUUUUUGAUAAAAACAACCUGGCAUGGCACAGAUUUCUUGUAAUUGAAACAGUGUGAUUCUUACUCGUGGCAUGAUGCCCAGUCUUUAUUAAUUGACUUAUUACGCGUCACGCAUUUUAUAGUUUGAAAGGGCAGAGUACACUCGAAAUAUGCUCUUAUCUUAUUUAGCAUCUUAUUGCAUUUAUACAAAAAAAAAAACGAGAUCUAUUAUUAAACUAUUGCAGCAGUUUAUUGCUUAAAUUAUACCGGAUCAGAGGAGCGAUAUUACCUGCUUUUGUUUACAUGGGCGAGGAAGUCAAAAGUACCUUUGUACGGCUGACGGGCAUUUUUCUUUUUUUUGGAGCAACACUAAACCAAUUCCUUCUGAAAACCAGCAUGAACUCAUUUUUUAAAUUAGGAGCCUUUGAUUAAUGACUAUAGCAUUGGACCUCAACCUUUCCUCACCCAGAGCACACAGAUUUUAAUUGGCACAACAUAAUUUAUUCAGAUUGGUAAACACUAUGGCAGAUCUCUAAAUAUAGUUCCAUGAUAAAUAAUGGUGGAUUAAUUAGAGUAAUCAGUCUUGUCUCUUUUUUUUCUUGCUUUUCCCCCCCAUCUUUCAUAUUGCUUACUAAUAUCCUUUCUUUUUAUCUGCCACUUCCUAUCAAGCAAUUUUACUUUUUUCCCAAUUCCAUCACUUUUCUCUAAUGUCUUAUAUAACUUUUACAUCUUCACCUCACACCCAAAUGUUUUACUCUCUCUUGCCAGCUCUUCUUCCACUUACAAAGAGAACGCUCAUUUUUGGAGCCUCGAGCUCGUUUCUACUCUGCCGAGGUCGCCAGCGCGAUCGGUUAUCUGCACUCCCAAAAUAUAAUCUACAGGUAAUGUCCAUCACAGAGUGGUACAUUAUUAAACCUUCUCUUGAUGCUGGGGAGGUGGGUAAACUGUUAAAUAAUCAAUAAACAUGUUAAAAUUGAGAAUCCUAUGGGUUGAAAAUAAGAUGAUGAAGCCUGGAGUGUCUGUGUGUUAAUGUAUGUCUAUGUAUGUGUUUUACCGUGUGUUUGUGUAUGUGUGUCUCUGUGUGCUAGUGUAUCUAUGUCUACUUGUAUGUGUAUGUAGGCAUGCUUGUGCUUGUAUUUGUGACUGUUUGCUAGUGUUUGUAUUUGUAUAUACGCUACUGUUUGUCCAUGUACAAAUGUGUUUGUGUGUUGCUAAGUAAGUUAAUAUGUGUAAUAGAUAAUUAUGCAUGUGAGGCUAAUCAUGUAUGUGUUUGCAUGGGCUUCUCAAGCCUACGGCCCUGCACAUGGCAAGGAUGGCUCUGAAGAUAUUGAUUGCAUGUAUAGGGAUGGAAGUAUUGUAACUGUCUACCCACAAUCAGGAAAAGUAUAUAUUAUACACAUGGACACGCCAAGAACUUCACAGCAACAAAACAUGUAACAGGCAAAAAAACAGAUCCUUAAUAAAAAAAAUAAAAAAUUAUAUAUAUGUUUUGUAAUAACAAUAUUAUACUAUAUAUCACAAUUGGAAGGUUGAUUGGAUUAUGGCUGACACUUGAUGUUUAAAUCAGAAGUUAUGGGGAAAAUGCCACACCAAAUCACUGUACAUGGUCUAAAUUAUUCAAUUAUAGUCUACCAUAUUCUAAGCUAGUAGUGCAGUCUUGAUAAUGAUGUCAAGUCUCCUUCCAUUAUUAAUCUAUUUUAUCCAGGCUUAGCUGAAGCCAGUUGGCCGUCAUCCACUGGAAGAGAAAGAUUUGACGAGCAAUUUAUCACUAAGAGUACUUUACCAUUGCUGCUGUUGAAAUCAAAACUAAAACACACCAUGAGCACAUCCCAGGCUGUUUUUUCUGAUAAUGUCUUCUGUUUUGUAUGUAGAUUGAGACACAGUUUGAUCAAUAUAGUUCUCUACAUUCCAGUAGAACAGGUUUAGAGGACUUUAUUUGUGAGGACACUUACUGUAAUUUGCAAGAUGCGAAAGAUGUAAACCACCAGUCCACAAGAUUUUUCCAAGUACCCAGUUAAAAUGCCAUGCUCCAUAAUUUCAAAAACCACCAUGAGGUCCAGGAGAGAUAGGAUUGAACACUCACCUCUGUAACUUGCCCCGAAUAGGUGAGGUGGUACAUGUACUAAUGCUGACUCAAUUAAAUGCCAUUUCUCAAAUCCUGUGUCAUAAAUGUUGCUGGUUGAUAACCUGGUUUCCUAUUCAUUGAUAUUCCGUACAAAAUGAAUGUUUAACAUUGGUCUGCAAUUAGCUCUUGCCUUUAGAAAAGAUGAGCACACUGCUUCCUUUAUCAUGACACUAAUUAGUUUAAGGAAAUGUUGUCCUGGAUUGUAACUGUAGUUUGUAUCGGAGAACUCUUGGACUAUGUGGACUAUUGAUUACUUUGUCAUGUUAAUACGGGAUGUUAUAACAGAAUUAGUUGUGUAGUAACUGUAUAUUUAAACUUGUGCACAUUUUAUUAAAAUAGCCUUGAACUUAUCUUGACAUGUGAUUGGUUGUCAUCCUUUUCCCACAGAGAUUUAAAACCGGAAAAUAUCCUACUGGAUAGCCAGGUAAGUAAGUACAGAGUACAAACGGGGAACAUAUACAUACAAUACAGAGAUGGAGAGAGUAACUGUGAGACAGUGGAGAAAAAAAUUCAAUUUGGAGAAAAAGAAAAAAUGGCUCGGCACUUCCUUCUUGAUAGUGUUAAAUAUUUGCCCUUAUUCCAUGAAACACCCAGCACACAUUAUCCAGUACAUGGCUUGAUAAAGACCAUUUGAACCAGUCUAAACCUGAUAGGGGUUUUGUACAGUCAAGGUGACUUUUUAACACGGAGUAGAAAUGUUGGACAAUUUGUUCUUUACUUCACUGAAGUUAUUGCAAAACAAGGUGUAACGCACAUUUUAUAUACCCUGCUGGGAUUUUGUGAUGAGUGAUCGCUACUACUUUAAAAAGUAUAUUUGGUAUAAAAUUACCAAUAUAAUAUUAUAUAUAUUCAGUAACUAAACACAAUCUGCUAAUAAUGUAAUUGCAGGUAUAAUAUUUUUGCCCUAUAUGACCUACCUCUUGUAUUAUAACAUCUAGGGCCAUGUGGUACUGACUGAUUUUGGACUCUGUAAAGAAGGGAUGGAACCAGAGGAGACCACCUGCACCUUCUGUGGGACCCCUGAGGUACACACACCACUAAAACCGUGCUAGCGAAAAAUGGCUGUACAGGGCUUAUACUGGCCAUAGUCACAAGGAUGACUCCCAUUUCUCUUGAUGCACUCCAUCACAAUAGUGUUGCUGGACGGUUUACUUGUUGCAGGGCUAACUCAUCAUUACACUUCCACUGUAGAAGAGAGGUCUUUAUCAUAUCAGUCUUCAACAGGUUGAGCCCCAGGUAUUUGCUGCCAUUAUGACUUCUCCAGCACAUUGACAUAUUAGUAUACAGCAUGGCUGGUCAUUGAAAGCUUAAUUAGGAAAAAGGUGAUGGUCAGGACGGGCAGCUUUGGAUUUUAUUUGUUAACAGGCAAUAUGUAGAUCUGAUUCCUAAAAAUGGUUAACAGGCAAUAUGUAGAUCUGAUUCCCAAAAAUGGUUAACAGGCAAUCACUGGCACAUCCAGCCACAUGUGUUUUUGCAUGUGGACACACUUGGUCCCAAGACUUGCUGGAUAUUGGGUGGUACUGCUGCAGUGGAAUGAAAGAGUUAUUCACUAAAGUGUGAAUUUAGGGGAAUUCAAAGUGAACUUCAAAAUAUAAACCACAAUUGUAGAACUGGAAAAAUUCUUCAAGUCAGCAACAUUUCUGAUUCAGCUAUUUUGACUUAAAUUUCUUUUGAAUUCCUGAUUAUUCACACAUUAGCUAACGAUCCUGUCGUCAUUAAUAGUGCUGUUAGAACACGCGUUUGCAAGCUUUCGAUAUUUCUAAUUGUCUACUUCAGGUAGUGUUGGCAAUUAAUCUAUCUGCAACAUAGGCAUUACUUAACAGAAAUUUCAAACUGAGAUUCUGUUUAGCUGAUUGAUUCUUAGUGUUAUUUUAAAUUGAUUUGCCUUCUUUGAUGCUGUGAUGACACUGCCUUUACUUGUUUAAUACUGGUGACAGUGAUACAAUUCUUGGUCACAUCUUUGCCUUGUUCUGUGCAGUAUCUCGCCCCUGAGGUCCUGAAGAAGCAGCCGUAUGACCGCACUGUGGACUGGUGGUGUCUGGGAGCUGUCCUGUAUGAGAUGCUGUAUGGACUGGUAAAUAUCCUUAUAAUAGGAUACAAGUAAAUACUUGUACCUCUAGGAUCCCAGCUAUGAUAUCUCUGCGCUCUCACAUCUCUUUUUAAUCACCUUGUGUGCUCUCUGUAUUGGCAAUGACAAUGUAGGGGUGCUUGGAACAGCUCCCGAAAAAUGAGCCAGAAACAAAACUUGUUUCAGAAUGGAUGAGCAGGUGAUGAUUUGUCUUCCAUUUUCAUUUCAUCUCUUUUAACCAACAUUUUGGAUUUGCCUCCACCCACAAUCACUGACUUAAGACUUAAGAUUUAACCAGAAGUUUCUUUAUCUAUGCCCAUUCCGUUUGAAAACUUAUCCAACAUUGUCGUAAACUUCAUUGUAUUCCUGCUUGCAAAGCUUGUUCCUUCCUUCUCAUACUUCUCUACAUCCCUUCCUCUCUCCAGCCUCCAUUUUACAGUCGGGAUGUUUCCCAGAUGUAUGACAACAUUCUAAACCAGCCUCUACAACUACCAGGAGGAAAAACCACCGCAACCUGUGACAUCCUCCGUGGACUGCUCCACAAGGACCAACACAGCCGUUUAGGAGCCAAGACUGACUUUGUACAGUACCAUUACUUUCUCAAUAUUUUCUGCCAGGAAUUUAGUCGUUAAACCCAGAAUUCUGAGAUAUAUAACUAACAUUUAGGCAGGUUAAAGUGAAAUUUGAAAAUGUGAUUUCUGGAAUUCUACAGAACAGUCAUAAAGACCCUCUACCUAGCUGAGAUAGUCCCAGUUUAUGCCCAUCCCAUGUGUCCAAUAAAAAUUAUUAAAAUAAAUUAUUUACCUACCUUUUUUCCAGAGCUCGGGGUCCCUUGGAGCUGCUUAUCUCUCUGCAGCAUUUGGGACCUGAUGCUCAUUAGUGGCAAGUGUCACCAAUAUCUAAUCUUAUUGAAUCAAUGUUUUCCUGUGGGGGUUUAGGUUUCUCGUGACUGGAUUUUACUUGUUUUUGACCACUGAAGUGUCUCUAGUGGCUGUCAGGAAGAUAUCCACUAGAAGUGGAUUUAAUCCUGUACCGUAAAUAUUGCAAUUUCUUUAAAACUUUCAUUGAAUUGAAGUGACCUGGGUGACUAGUGGUAAAAUAUGUCUUCCACGCUACUUUAGACUGGAUCACCACUGAAACCAAAGAGGUUCAGAACCAUGCGACAUAACCCUUGGUAGCAGCUGCCCCAUUAAACGCAAUUUCAAUGACCGGUCGUACUGGAUCAGCUCAAUCUCUAUUUCCCAAGUUGAUUCCCCAUUAACUAAGUAAGGACUCAGCUCAGUAGCUUUGUGGGAGCUGUUAGUGCGUUCUGCAUUUACCUUAUCUAAUCUUAUCAAAGCUAAGUAUAAGGUCAAGUUGGCCUGAUAACAUUUUACUGAAUAGUAAGUUGAUCACUUUUAGUGAAAACAGGAAUGUAAAGAAAUAAAAACAUGUUUGAUCCAAUUAAGAUAAUUUUACAUUGACAGAAAAAAGGGACAGUAUCUUUACAUUACAUUAAAAUGUAGUGGCUUUGGUGCUUAGACUGCCCCUUUAAAUAUGUGACCUUGUCAGCUAUGUAUAUCUUGUCACUGCCAAAUAGAUGACUUCACAAAGCAUUAAUAAUAUUAGUUAAUAAUCAUUAAUAUUUUACAAUGGUUUGUGUAUUAUAGCCAGUUUAAAAAUCUAAGACAAAAAAAAGCCAAGCAGAGCAUACAUUAUAAAAAAGACCCUAAAUUGACACAAUGUUCCUCUAGUCUAGGCUAUACAAAGUCAAUUCCACAGUACCAAUUCAUUAUGAGUGGAGUUGCUAACACAGGGAAUACUUUGAUGCUGUUACAGUAUUUAUUAAAGGAACACUAUAGUCACCUAAAUAAAGCAGUUUUAGUGUAUAGAUCAUUCCCCUGCAAUAUCACUGCUCAAUUCACUGUCAUUUAGGAGUUAAAUCACUUUGUUUCUGUUUAUGCAGCCCUAGCCACACCUCCCCUGGCUAUGAUUGACAGAGCCUGUAUGAAAAAAAAACUGGUUUCACUUUCAAACAGAUGUAAUUUACCUUAAAUAAUUGUCUCUCAAUCUCUAAAUUGAACAUUAAUCACAUACAGGAGGCUCUUGCAGGGUCUAGCAAGCUAUUAACAUAGCAGGGGAAGAGAACAUCAUAAUUAAACAGAACUUGCAAUAAGGAAAGCCUAAAUAGGGCUCUCUUUACAGGAAGUGUUUAUGGAAGGCUGUGCAAGUCACAUGCAGGGAGGUGUGACUAGGUUUCAUAAACAAAGGGAUUUAACUCCUAAAUGGCAGAUGAUUGAGCAGUGAGGCUGCAGGGGCAUGUUCUAUACACCAAAACUGCUUCAUUAAGCUAAAGUUGUUCAUGUGACUAUAGUGUCCCUUUAACCCCUUAAGGACACAUGACAUGUGUGACAUGUCAUGAUUCCCUUUUAUUCCAGAAGUUUGGUCCUUAAGGGGUUAAGAAUGUUGUGGCUAUCAUGUUUUUGGCAAUGUGUUUUUGGAUGAUAAACCCUAAAUGUUUUGUCAUUAUGUACAUUGUUUGCUCCUGCAGCUUGAAAUCAAGAAUCACGUCUUCUUCAGUCCUAUUAACUGGGACGACCUGUAUAAUAAGAGGAUCCCCCCACCAUACAACCCCAAUGUGGUGAGUCGUCUUCUCUGAUGUAUCUUAGGUUUAUUGUAACAUUUUUGCAUUAGUUCACUUUGUAUGUAUUAAAAAUCAAGUGUCAUUUGAAUGCUGUUCAAAUGAUGCUUUGGACUGUAACUAUAAUACAGGGAACACUGUAGCAUAGAGACUGCUCUGUGUUGAUGAUAUGAGUGUAGCAUCAUUAAAGGAAUGCUACAAAAACACCAUAACCACUGCAUACUGUUGUAUUGGUUAUAGUGCUAGGAUUGUCCUAGUGACAUCCUACAGUAAGAUAUCAAUCCAUUAUAGCAAGCAGUUUGUAUUGCAUCCAGUCUUCUCCAGCAAGACAAUGUGGAUAUCUCUGUAGAGUAAAACAUGGCCAAGGCGGACCUCUCACCUGCUGCUCUCAGCCAUAGAGCACAGUACUGCAUGGUACAGCUUUGCUCUACAGAGAAAUUUUAAUUAUCAUGCUACAGAAGACCAGACGCAGGGGAUUUACUGAAACCCAGAUUAAUUGUCAUACUGUGCUAAAACAGUAUGACAUCUUAUUGUAGGGCAGCAACAUCGAACUACUGGCACCAACACCACUAGAGCGUGUUGGUGUGUCCCUUUAAAAUAUUAAAAUUAUGAUGCUCAACAAUUUUAAUUUUUGAAUUCAUCAGUUCAGUUAAAAGAAGACUGAUGACAUUUAUCCACUUCCAGUCUGUCUAACCAUACUAUUUCUUUCCUCAGGCUGGCCCAGCAGACCUGCGUCACUUUGACCCCGAGUUCACACAAGAAGCUGUCCCAAAUUCAUUGAGCCGCACUCCUGACAUGAAUCUUGGCAGUUCCGGCUGUUCUGGUGCAUUCUUUGGGUUCUCCUAUGCACAAAGUGACGAUGAUAUAUUGAGCUGAGUGCCUUACAGGCCCCUUGAGCUUUAUGGUGUAAGAAUGCAUAAACAGGGCAGCUUGGGGACACCUCUCACUCUCUAUUUUCAGACGGGAGAGCUCUAGCCCUCAUUUAUUAUUAAGGGCUAUGUUUUGGUGUCACCUAUAAUUCUUUAACACCUGGAUUUACCAUCACAUGAAGAAGAAUAAACGGCAUUGGGGUGGAGAUGUUUGGGAUGCUGAUAUUUUGAAAAUAUCUUUGAAAAUACACAACAGGACAAGCUCAGCCACAGAAUGUAUCCAUCCCACUAUAUAGUAUUUAGUUAUAUGUUAGGGACUGUAUCAUGAAAUUUUAAUAUACUGCAAACAGCGCAGAGAGAGUGCUUUCAUUUAUCCUCCAGGACCCUCUUACCUAGUUCCCUUGCUAAUUAGUUUUGUUGUUUGUUGUUACUUUCUCCCUUCGUGAUGAGAGAGGCAGCCAUAAAGAGGUCCAAUUGACCUUCUACUAGCACUAAGCUGUCUCUUUUACACUGCUGUGUUGACCCCCUCAUCACUUUUAUUAUAGACCGUUAAAAAUAUGUCCUUUGGUGUCGAGUUAGGUAAAUUAAUCUUGCAGAUUGCCAACUUUAAUUUACUGUUUGCAGCAUUUUAUAAACUUCUCCAGUUAAAAAAAAAAAAAAAAUGUGGUCACUCUCGCCAACCUGUAUUAUUCCAGCAAGUGAACUACAACUCCCAGAGCCUCUGCAACAAUUUUAAAGUCCCUCUUCUUCUGUUUGUGUGUAAUUGCUUUUGCUUUAUGAUCUCCUAUGUCAUUUUAUUCCCCAUCCAGAUUUUUCAAUAACAAACUAAUCACUUUGCCAAAAGCAGUUAGGAUUUGAGUGUCCUAGACUAGAGUUACUGUUAAAAUAGAAGCAAUAUUAUGUGUAAACAGUGAUCUGGAACUGUGUGAAGCCACAACACUAAGUUUUUGCAUUCCACAACAAAGUAUGUUAUAGCAUGUGAUGACCCACACAAGUAAAAGAUCACUUAUUUUAUUGCCCUUAUUGAAAUAAUUUUUUGAUGCUAAUCUGGCAAGUGUACUACAUUCCCAAGAUGAGCAAAGAAACUACUGAAAAUAGACAAAAAUUAAAUUACUCUUAUUUUCUUUUGCGGUAAGGGAAGGCUUGAAAAUUCAUGUUUGUAGAUGCCAGAAUAUUUUGAUAUUUCGAUGCAGCUUAUUGUGAUACAAAGUGAAUUUAAUGAAUGAGAAAACUGAGGGGUCUCUUUCCUAUAAUACUUAGGAAAUUCUGCACUAACUGCUAUACAUCACAGCUUGGGAAUGCAGUAAAUCACCAAGAUUGACAUAUUUGUUUUUCUGUUUGGACAUUAAAAUAAGUUUGUAUUUGCUGUUCCUUUUAGAUCUAAACAUUUGUGCUCCUUAUUCUGUCUCAAUAAACUGUAAUCCCUAUUUGCUACAAUUUGUUCCCUCUCAUUAAUCCCUCAUUAUCACCUUCCUGAUAUUAUUUAUUCUUGGGCACAGCAAUAUAUGCUUAGAUUACUUGUCUCUCUUUACUAUACCAAUAAGUCUACAUUUUGCAUAAAGAAAAAUGUUUUCACUAAAUAUAGGGACUAUUUGCUAAAUGCUGAAUUGUACUAUAUUGAAAACUGAAUUGCAAAUAAUAUGCCAAUACAGCUGCACAAAAACAAUUCUCCAGUUCAGUUUACCCUAAUUAAAUUCUUUAUUUUUUAACUGCAAAAUUAAAAUUUUAGAUCACCACAAUUUGCCGUUUAGUGAAUAAGCCAUUGUGUCUUGCCUAGAUGAGUAUAUAUCCUAGAUUUCAGUGUGCUAACUGAAAAAUGUUAAUGUUUUUUUUCACGGAAAUUAUUUCUCUGUAUAGAGGUUAGUCCCGUAGAAGGACAUUUGGACAAAUAUUGUGCAUGUGAUGUAGGAAUAAGCUAUAUGCUACUACUGUGAAUAAAACUGUGGGCUGCAUUUGACACGAGGAUUUUGCAAUAAAGUUAUAUAUAGGUGAAUUAUUUGUCAUUAUUUUCACA